AUGAUAUUCGAAUUGAUCGCUAAAUAUUAUCCGUUUGCAGUUCCACAACAGGUCAACCAACUCACCUUGGAGGAGCUCAAUGCAUUGACAGUUUGGCAAAGAAUCCAAUUGAAAGACUGGAGAGUUGAGUUUUUCACCUUGGGAUUCACCCUCAUUUUUGUUGCUUUAUUUAAGGCGGGUGACUUGUACAACCAGUCAAAGGUUACUAAAUUUUUGAACAACGUUAAGCCAACAUUUGCUAAACAAUUUUUCCAGUUUGGUGUGGCACCAAACAAGCUUUACAUCAAAGAUAGUUCUGAAAACUACUCUUCUUAUGCCACUGGUCGCUUAAACAUUGCCAAGGUUGAUUUGAAAUUUGUGUUGGCCCCUCGCCACAAUCUUUUCCUUUGGAUCAUGGAAGUAUUGCUUGGUCUUUUUACUAGCAACGUUCAACCUCCUCAAGAUACUGUUGAAGUGGUCAUCACUCCUCUGGGUAAAUACGAUAACUUUAUCUCAGCUGUCGUUUCAAAAUUGGGUAUGAAUGAUGCUAGAAAAGCUAACUACUUUUUGUCAUUAUGCAAAACAACAGAUUCGCCAAACUUACCAGAAAGCUUUGUUUACAUGAGUGAAGCUCACGAAUUUCAAGACAAAUUGACCACCACUGAAUUUAAACAAGCUUUGACUUUACCAAGUGCCUCGUUCAUCAAAUUUGUUGCUUUUACUGAUCAACCAGAAGCAAAGCCUGAAUCAUUAAGAGAUUUCCUUCCAAACAGAAGAGUGAUUAUCAGGUUGAGCCUUACUACUAGUAAAUCUGAUCACAAGGUCAUUGGUGAAGUAUUGGAUGCUGUUUUCAACGUUGUUGAUAAAUUGUCAGACCAAGCCAUUACAUUCAAACCAGAAACAGUAAAGAGAAUUGUCAAGACCAGAGAUGCAGAAAUUGAAAAGUACAAGAAAUUGGAACAGGAAAUAAAGAAUGAGAAGUUGGCUGAAGAACAAUCCAAAUUGAAGAGAGAAGAGAGAGACAAAUUGAGAAACUUGUCCCGAGAAGAGCAAUUGAAGGCUGAUAAAAAGGCUCAAGAAAAGAAGCAGAAGAGGUUGCAAAAGAAACAGAGAGUUAGGAUGUAA